UCUAUGGUAUCAGAGUGUUUACAAAUUACAAGAUGGCUAAUCAUUACGAUGUCCCUAGCUGGGCUGGAAAACCACCGGUUGGGCUGCAUUUAGACGUGCUGAAAGGAGAUAAAUUGAUUCAGAAGCUGAUGAUAGACGAGAAGAAGUGCUACCUCUUCGGCCGCAACCCCCAGAUGAACGACUUCUGCAUCGACCACGCCUCGUGCUCGCGGGUGCACGCGGCGCUGGUGUACCACAAGCAGCUCCUCAGGGCCUUCUUGGUCGACCUGGGCAGCACUCACGGCACGUACAUCGGCUCGCUGCGGCUGGAAGCAAACAAGCCGACGCAGCUGCCCAUCGACAGCACGUUCCACUUCGGGGCGUCGACCCGCUACUACAUCAUCCGGGAGCGGCCGCACACGGGGCCCCGCCCCAUCAUCGAGGAGCUGGAGAAGUCCUCGGAGGAAGCCGAAGGAGGCCUCCUGGGGCUGCCCGAGACCGAGACGGAGUUGGACAAUCUGACGGAGUUCAACACGGCUCACAACCGCCGCAUCUCCAUGCUGGGCAUUCCGGACGAGGAGAUCCGGCCGACGACGCGCAAGCGCAAAAAGAAGUCGCUCACGUUCAGCGAGGACGAGGAGGUUAUCAACCCGGAGGACGUCGACCCGUCGAUUGGCCGCUUCCGCAACAUGAUCCACACCACCGUCAUCCCCACCAAGCGCCAGAGAGCGGACGGCCUGGGCCCCACCAGCGGGCUGACGAACCCCUCGGACGACCGCCUUGCCUUGAAGCACCACUUGCACCCCUCGUCGGUGCUGUCCCACCUGUACCACGACCUGCCCCCGGCGGAGGGCGGCGGCCAGCCCCCCACGUCGCCCACCAGCGCGUACGCGGGCAGCGGGCCGCUCAUGUUCUCGUCGACGCUGGCCUCCCGCCUGGGCCUGUCGCUGCCCAACCCGGCCCCGGAGGUGGAGAUGGCCCCCGCCCCGCUGCCCCCGGCGGCGGCCCGGCCCGCCCCCGUCGAGGCGGCCCACCACGAGCCCCGCAAGAAGAAGUACGCCAAGGAGGCGUGGCCGGGCAAGAAGCCGGUGCCCGCGCUGCUCGUGUGAGGCCGGCCGUCCCUUCGUCCCGUCUGCUGCCGCGCCGCGCGACCACGUUAAUGCAACAUUCGCCAGCAAAACUAAGCUUCUGCCAAUCCUGUUUUUAUUUAUUUUUUUUCAAUUCAAAUAAAUUUUGAAUCUGAUUUAAAAUUAUUCAAAUAUAGCAAAUAUUUAUAUAAAAAAAAAUGUUAAAAGGUACAAUGACACAAUUUUCUUCACACUUCGCAGAAGUCCAAGGGAAAAAUAGACGCAUAUUCACAGAUUAUUUGUUAUGUAUGAAAAGCAGGGGAAAAAAUUAUCAAAAUUUUGAAAUAAAUCUUCUUGGCUUUACAUGUGUUACACCCUUUUCAUUACAAUUUUUUUAUGAGUGUC